GACUGCAGCGACGCCCUGAUCAGCCUGGCGGGGUGCCUGAGCUACGUGCAGGAGGGGAGCACGGUGGCGAUGCCGGAGGCGACCUGCUGCUCCGGGCUCAAGGACGUGGUGAAGAAGGAGGUGGCCUGCCUCUGCCAGGCCUUCCAGGGCGGCCAGGACUAUGGCGUCACCCUCAACAUGACCAAGGCCCUGCAGCUGCCCGGCGCCUGCAAGGUCAAGACGCCUCCCUUCAGCAAGUGCCACAUUUCCAUUCCGGGCGUGACCGGUGGGUCUCCAGCACCUGCACCUGCCCCGUCUUCCGGUGCUCCGUUCUUCGGGGGCUCGCCGUCACCAUCCACGCCUUCGGCUGAAUCACCAGCCGCAGCCGGAACCGGAAGCGGCGACUCCACCACCGCUCGAGCUCCAUCGCCGUCGGCCUCCGCCGUGGCCACCUUCCCGUCUUCAGCAGACGUCCUCCUAGCCGCAGCGACUGUCGUUGUGAUGACCCUGCUCGUGUGAGCAGCUGGGCGCGCCUGUAAUUCAGCAAACCUGUUUCGUCGUUCAUGUGACCAUUUUCGCUAUACCCGCCCGACACAGCUGAGAAAGCAGACCCAGCCUUGUUGCUGGCUUUGCUGCAUGUACCGAGAUGUAUCUUAUCUGAGAGUUUCCAUUCCAUUUAUACAGAUGUCACAUUCAUAUA